AUGAUAAAGAGAAAUACCUAAUUAAAGAAAUAAAUAGCAUCUUCUAGAAAUUAAGGUGUGAAUAAUAAAGAAUGUUUGAAACCAUAAGUCUUUUAAUUUCCACAAUUAAUGAAUAAAACAACUACAUUUUAAGAAGCAAUUAGAUUUUAAGGAUAGAUUCAAUAACCAUUUACACCAGAUGUCAUGAUUCGACAAUCUAUUAACAAACCAAGAAUGAUUGAGUAACCAAAAUUCAAAAACAAUUAUGGAGUUUAACGCUUUUCAGCUAAGGUUGUUUCAAAAUAAUAAAAUGUUAAGGAACCAGUGAUCAUAAAAAUAACUACAAACAAAAAUCAUUAAGUGAUUUAAUAAUAAGAAGAAUAGAGUGAAUAUUAAUUAAGUGAAUUAGGAACAUUUGAUGAUUUGAUUUAACAAAUUUAAGAAAAAGUAUUGACUAAAAAUUCAAACAUUUAAUAAUUAGUAUAAGAUAUCUGUUCAAUAGAAACUAUUGAUUUAAGAGGUCUAUAAUGUAUACCUUAAUUAAUUAAACAUGUUGUAAUUUCAUCAGUUUAGUAAUAACUUCAGAUACCAUAAAUUUUAUCUAUCUUAUUCACAUUAAGUGAGGAAAUUAUGACAAGAGAUGAUCUUGAUGAAUCUUUAUUAGAAAUCAUUAAAGUUUAUCUUCAAAAAGGUUAUGAUACUAAUUUACAAAUGAUUAUAGUUUUUAUAAAACGUUGUGGUUAAAUGAUUUAUUAUAUCAGAACCAAUAAAUAAAAAGUAUUGAGUGAACUUAUUAUAAAACUAUUACUUAAAUUCAAUCUUUCAGAUUCAUUUCAAGAAUCUCAAUUAAGAUUAGCAUUCAAUAUAAUAUUGAGACACAAAUAAUUGAGAUUGUACAUUAAAGAUAAUUAAGAUAUUUAUAAAUUGAAACAACCUUCAUUAAUAGAUUAAUUAUAGAGAUUUAAAAUUAAAAUUAAUUGA